AUAGGAAUUAUUUAGCAGAGUUUGAUUUUACAGCUCUCAUUAUUGAGCCAUAACAAUGUCAACCAAAAUUCCUUUACGGCUCCAUGGAUUACCCACAAUAAUAAUUCUGCUUCUGAGCUUGGCACCACCUUCCUCUGGUGCCCUCGAGGUGGGUUUCUACAAGGGAAAAUGUGGCUUUGGAGAUGUCGAAUCUAUCGUGCAAGGCGUUGUCACCGCCGCACUUAAAAGAGAUCGAACUCUCGUUGCUGCUCUUCUGCGUUUACACUUUCACGACUGCUUUGUCUCUGGAUGUGACGCUUCCCUCCUCCUGGAUGGUAGCAAUAGCGAGAAGGAUGCUCCUCCGAACUUGACCGUUCGAGGCUACGAUCUGAUUGAUGCAGUAAAAAUACAGUUGGAGAAGACAUGUCCUGGUGUUGUAUCUUGUGCUGAUAUUAUUGCCAUGGCUACUAGAGAUGUUGUUAAUUGGGCUGGAGGAGGACGAUACAACGUCGAAACCGGACGUCGAGAUGCCUUCCAACCAGCCAAUAUUAUUGAUCUUCCGGGGCCUUCAAUAUCUGUCAAAGACUCAAUUGCAGUCUUCUCCAAAAGAAACCUUAGCGUUACAGAUAUGGUUUAUCUUCUUGGUGGUCACACUGUUGGUGAAUCACAAUGCAUUUUCUUCAAGGAUCGCCUCUAUAAUUACAAGAACACAGGGGGACCCGAUCCGACCAUCGAUGAUCCAUUUUUUCUGAACGAUUUACAAACGCAAUGUCCUGAAGAUUCUGGCGACGAAAACACCGUAUUUCUCGACCAGAACCGUAUGAGUUCUUUCAUCGUUGACAACUCGUUCCAUAGGCAGAUAUCGCGACAAAGAGGAAUACUGGAAAUUGAUCAACAACUUGCUUUGGAUCCGUUAACAAAGGAUUUGGUGUCGAAUGUGGUGUUCCGAUCCGACUUCGGCUUCAAGUUUGGACAAGCAAUGAUCAAAAUGGGAAGAAUUCAAGUGCUUACCGGCUCUCUAGGGGAGAUUAGAAGUACAUGUGCGGCUGUUAAUUGAAUUUAUGAUGGAAUAUUAUUAAGAUCAUCAUAUUCACAUCCCCUACUCUCUAAUAAGUUCUUCCCAUCUCUUGUACCGUCGUCCUAAUCUCUUUUGUGUGAAUUUUUUUCAUUUGUUCAUAUAACUUUUAAUUUCAAUUUUACCAAUUCAAUAUUAAUCACGAAGUACUUAGGAUGACAA